UGCGGUUCAUUAAGCGUAUCAAAUAUUUUCGAUAUUGAAAACUCAAUUCCAAAACUUUUACAUUUUUGCUAUAAUCGCUGCAUUGAACUGUUUUUAAAUUAAUUUUAACAAAAAGCAAAGUUCAAAAUGAUUAAAAUACCAGAGGCAACGAUUUUAUUUUUGAUCACCCUCUUGUCUUCAGUUGAGUGCAAUGAUGUUGCAAGUGCUACUGGUAGAUUGAAAGAUAUCUUCAAAUUGGACUUACAACUAGUCAGAAAUCUAGACGUUCUUUCCGUCCAACUAGAAGGACUGCAGAAUCGAAUCACACAACUGAGAAGUCAUAAAAUUGAGCCCUUGUCUGAAACACUAGGAAUUGACACUAAUAACGAGGAGGUUUUCAAACACCCAACAAACCAGCUAGCAAUCAUCAAGCGGUUCCAAGACAAAUGGAAAACCAUAAAUGAAACCCUGGAUUUCCAACAUGUCCAAAUGACUGUAAAAUAUUUUAUGGAUGAGUUUUCGAAGCAGGAAGCAAUGUCACGUGACGCAAUAGCUGGAGUUAUACGCCUGGGCGAGACAUACAAUAUUCCAGCUAAAAACUUCACCGACGGAACCAUAGGAAAAUUUCAGUCAAAACUGAAGUUCAAUAAGCUUCAAGACAUACAUGCUAUCGGUCUUGCUGCACUCAAAUUGGAUAAAGUGUCAGCUUGUAUUGAGUACUUUGAACUUCUGGAGCAAACGAUUUUGGCUCGAAAAAAAGCUUUCGGUUCAACAAACGCCUGCGCUGAUGGUUCCAAAUGUCAAACUGAUUUAGAGCUCAAUACCAUACUGGGAAGCGCGUACGCCAAUCAUCAUUACUGCGAGUACUUUUCUGAAAACUACGAAAAAUCUAUUUUGUUGGCCAAAAAAGCGUUACAGCUAACGGGACCGAAUGAAAGGAUUCAGAAAAAUAUCAACUUAAUGACGAUUUAUAGACAAAAUCUAUCUGAAAACGAGCAUCAGAAUCUUUCAAACGCAAUGAAAUCAAGCAUUGAAGAAAAACCUCAAACAAUUUUAUGCCGAUCCGGUGCUUUUCCUGGAUCCUCCAAUAAAGCUGGCAGCGAGCUGAUUUCCAGAACCAAGGGUUUUAAAAUCUGGGAAAAGUGCAAAUAUUCGAAUAACUGGAACCCUUCGCUGAUGAUUCAGCCUGUUAAAACCGAGGUGCUGCUGGAAGAGCCUUACAUGGAGUUCUGGCAUCAGUUUCUCACUGAUGAAGAGAUCGAAAGACUCAAAGAACUGGGACUACCUGAACUGGAAAAGUCGGGUGUCGCAGGCGAUGACUACUAUCAGUUCGUCGACAGUCGUGUGAGUCAAUCCGGCUGGCUGCCAGACUCACGAGACCCAGUCGUCGCCGCAACUUCCCUCAGGAUGCACCAGAUGACCAACUUAUCCAUGGAAACCGCUGAGCAAUUACAAAUUGCAAAUUACGGAGUGGGGGGACUAUACAAUCAACAUUACGAUUUCUUGACCGAUCCCUCCAAGCAUCCGAAGGAGUUUUUUCAAUUAUAUCACCGAGUCGCCACUGUGCUGAUGUAUCUCUCGGAUGUCGAACUCGGAGGCACGACAGCUUUUAUCAAAGCAGGUGUCAAUGUCAAACCGGAAAAAGGCGGGGCUGUGUUUUGGUACAACUUAAGAAGGGACGGGUCUGGAGAUAUGGAUACUCUACAUGCAGCUUGUCCGGUGCUGGUGGGAGUUAAAUGGGUCGCGAAUAAAUGGAUUAAAUACGCCGGACAGGAGUUCGUCUAUCCAUGCUUAGCGUGACGAGUGAACAAUUAGGAAUGCAAUUUUCGGUAGAUAAAAUGAUUUCAACUCUAUCAAGGUUUCCUGGUUUUGGCAAAAAAAUGUAUGUUUUUAAAAACCCGUAGUGACAAAAAUGGU